GAUUCCUCACCUAUGGAAGGAUGGUCAUACAAGAAGAAUUGUGGGGAAUUGAAGGAGGACACGGAUGCGGGUAAUCGACAUGAGAGUCAAUACAGCCCUUGGCUAAGUGCCAUUACCAGAAAAUCUGUGUUAAUCGAAAGACUUCACCAAAAUGACGAGUCUUCGAUCAAACCACUACCGGACGUAGGAGAUAUGGAAGAUCCUAUACCGCAAGAUCUCAGCCUUAGUAUCUUCGUGUUGGGCACUAAAAGUAGUGAGUUUGGAUACACUAAUUGUGCAGCAUCUGAAAAUUGGGGUGGAAUGGAGAAUUCUGGGCACCUUCCUCUUCAAACCUCGAAUCCAGUGGUAACCAUACUUAUAGUGCAGAAGAUGAGCGCGAAUCAGGGGUUUCGAACACAAAGGAGCGGAAAAAAAAUUUGUACAGGCCUAGUGGCAACCUGGGCCAGGCCCAAUAUUAUAUGUUAA